UGGUGUUGAUGGGAAUUCAUUUCUUCAGUAAAGCCACAGCUGCACACAUAGUGUGCCCGUGUCAGUCGCUGGCUUGCUGGGGUACUGGAGCUGUGUAAGAUGCGAGCCUCGAGGCAAACAACUUCAUAGGAAUGUACUGCUGCUUCAAAACAAAAUGCUACAAAGAAAAGAUGGUCCUGUGCAUCUGUGGUGAAGUACUUCCUCCCUUCCAGCCCUGCUUGGCCUUGGCUUGUGGUGAUGUGGGGGAAUGAGCCUGGAAAUUUUGGAUCCCCAGAGCACUGCUUCACUCUGGCUUAUGGCCGUGUGGGGGAUUGAAUCUAGGACUUUGGAGCCUCAGGCACGAAAGUUUCUUUGCAUAACCAUUAUGCUAUUUACCCCUACCCCUUCUAGAUUUGUUUAGAUCGCAGCUUCUUGCAGGAGUGAUCAGGGCAUCGCAUUCUAGAAGUAAUGCCCACAGAAAGCGGGAGCUGUUCUACUGCUCGCCAAGCAAAACAGAAGCGCAAGUCUCAUAGCCUUUCCAUACGAAGAACAAACAGCUCGGAACAGGAGCGGACGGGGCUGCCAAGAGAAAUGUUAGAAGGACAAGAUUCUAAACUGCCUCCCUCGGUUCGCAAUACACUUCUGGAAUUGUUUGGCCAAAUAGAAAGAGAAUUUGAAAACCUUUAUAUUGAAAAUUUAGAAUUGCGUAGAGAAAAUGAUACUCUUAAUGAGCGCUUAGCUGCUGAAGGACAAGCGAUUGAUGGGGCAGAACUGAGUAAGGGCCAGCUCAAAACAAAAGCCAGUCACAGCACCAGCCAGCUCUCCCAGAAACUGAAGACCACCUACAAGGCCUCCACCAGCAAGAUUGUCUCCAGCUUUAAGACCACCACGUCGAGAGCCGUGUGCCAGCUCGUGAAGGAGUACAUUGGCCACAGAGAUGGCAUCUGGGAUGUCAGUGUGGCCCGGACGCAGCCCGUGGUGCUAGGCACCGCAUCUGCAGAUCACACGGCUCUGCUGUGGAGCAUUGAGACAGGCCGCUGCCUUGUUAAGUAUGCAGGCCACGUGGGCUCAGUGAAUUCUAUAAAAUUUCAUCCAUCAGAGCAGUUGGCUCUCACAGCUUCUGGAGAUCAGACUACUCACAUCUGGAGGUACGCGGUCCAGCUGCCCACGCCUCAGCCCGUCACUGACACCAGUCAGAUCUGCGGUGACGACGAAAUUGAGUGCUCGGACAAAGAUGAGCCAGAUGUUGAUGGGGAUGUGUCCAGCGACUGUCCCACCAUCCGGGUGCCGCUGACCUCUCUGAAGAGCCACCAGGGCGUAGUCAUUGCCGCCGACUGGCUGGUCGGGGGCAAGCAGGCAGUGACGGCAUCGUGGGACAGAACUGCCAAUCUGUACGACGUGGAGACUUCGGAGCUCGUCCACUGUUUGACAGGGCAUGACCAGGAGCUCACACACUGCUGCACGCACCCCACCCAGCGGCUUGUGGUGACUUCCUCCAGAGACACGACUUUCCGCCUGUGGGAUUUCAGGGACCCUUCCAUCCACUCUGUGAAUGUCUUCCAGGGCCACACGGACACCGUGACCUCUGCCGUGUUCACCGUGGGGGACAAUGUGGUCUCGGGCAGUGAUGACCGCACCGUGAAGGUCUGGGAUCUCAAGAACAUGCGGUCCCCCAUCGCCACCAUCCGCACCGACUCCGCCAUCAAUAGGAUCAAUGUUUGCGUUGGCCAGAAAAUCAUCGCCCUCCCCCAUGACAAUCGACAAGUGAGACUGUUUGACAUGUCUGGUGUGCGACUGGCCAGGCUUCCACGCAGCAGUCGGCAGGGCCACAGGAGGAUGGUGUGCUGCUCGGCGUGGAGCGAGGACCACCCUGUAUGCAACCUGUUCACCUGCGGGUUUGACAGGCAAGCCAUCGGCUGGAACAUCAACAUCCCGGCCUUGCUCCAGGAGAAGUGAGGCUCGGCGCGUUCCUGCCUUGCCGUGGACCUGGGCCUUCGCAGGCCGCUCUCACAUCCAUCAGUACUUGUGGGCGGUGGACCCCGAGAAGGGUGAUUUGUAUAUGUUCUCUCCACGUUAUACCCGGCUUGCAUGAAAUGAACAGGGAAAUGCGUGGUCGUAUUUUCAUUCUGUGUGUGUGCUGCACCCUCUGGCCAGUAGCAGUGAAGCCUCUGCCUCUCCCAGAGCACCUGGCCGUAAGCUCCUGCAUUGGGCAGGCGGCAGGGGCGUCCAUGUGUGAGUCCAGUAUGAACCCGUGUACCUAGUCUGCUGCAUUUCUGGAACCAUCACUCCCCGGAGCUGCAUUUGCAGGGCAGGAAGUGGGGCAUGCAGGUGUGUGCUCACGUUCGAAGGAAGCUCAGUGGGUGCUGGCCUGUGACCAGCCUCGACUCUGUCUUCUUUUCAGUUCUGAAGUUAACUGGGUUUUAGAAAUUAAAAAAAAAAAAAGUGUAGAAUGUUGAAUUCACAACAUUCAGAGAGUCUCUUUUUUUUUUUUUUAAAUAGGAAAAUCAUUUCACUCUUGAGGUCUCACAUAAAUUCUAAAAUGAGAUUAUAAUCACUGAUUUCAGCUGUCAGACAAAAUUUAAAGCACUUUAGUUUAUAGCUGUGGUUAUAAACAGUUUGUAGAAGUUUCAAAUGGCAUAUCCAUUGAAUGUGACUGACCUUUUUGAGAAGACCCUGCUACCUGAAAACUAAACCUUAUUUAUUUUCCACACCUCUGGUCUGCAUUUCCAAAUGGAUUCACUUCCUCGGUGGUAUUUGAGAGCCAACAAUGCAAAUAAAUGAGUACUACCUCAAAAAUAAACAUAUUUGGCAAACUUAGGAGUCUUACUGUUGCCUAGCUAAAGCACUUUGGACCAGUAGCUGGAAUCUUGAACUCAGUUCAGAAGGCACAGGGGACACCGAGAGCAGGUGCGUUCUAAGGGUGGCAGGCCUCUGACAGGGCCGGCGGGGCAGUGGCGUGUGGUUGGCAGGUCACAAGAUGCUUUGUCCCCGAGCUGGGACACCUCUCAGUGCCAGCCCCCACUGCACAGUGAGCCCUCGCCGUUGCCUUCUUGUGUUUCUGUCAGCCGGUGUUUGUUCAUGUUUGCUGUUGAGCUUCAGUUUUGAUAAAGAGACAUCUCAGUCUACUGCCCCUCAUGUUUCCAGUCCUUCCACUGUGUCUACUUAGGCUGGCCGCCUGGAGAGUGCGGCCCUGGGUCCCCCACCCUGUUUCCCGUUGGUGCUGUGGGAAGCACAGUGCCUGUGAGCAGGGCGCAGGCCGCCUUGCGGGGCAGCUUCCCAGAGUGGACAUUGCCUCAUAGUGGCCCCUGUGCGGCCACCAGUGUGAAGAGCUCCUCACUCGGCUGAUUCUGAACGGACACCGGCGGGGACGUGAGGGGACCAGGAGGCGAGCACACAGUGUGGCCACCUGAACCCUCAGCAGCUGGAGUUUUAAGCUCAAGAGCUGUCCUCGUGCCCCGGUGACCUGCGUGGGGUCUGCCCCCGCUCACGGCACCCACCCAUCCCAGCACACCGUGACCCUCCACCCCUCCUUGUGCUCUCACUGGAGCGUCCGGGUGUCCUGGAAUUUCUGUUGGGAACGGUGACAAAUACUUAAGAGACAGUCAGUCCUAGGACCAGAUUUCUGCCAGGUCAGCCGGCCAGAAGCUUUCCAUGUGAGUCUGCCAUGGCUGCCGGCAUCCGCAGACGGACAUCCCGAAGGCAGAUGGGACCUCGAGCGGGUGAGUGCCCACGUGAGUGGUGUCUGAACCUGCUUGGAACAGGGAGCCUGUCUACGUGCUGACGGGUCCAGCAUUUCACUGACUAACAAGGAAAGCGUGGCCACCGAGAGGUGUGUGUCACGGAGGAGUCGUAAGAGGCAUCGGGGGGCCCAGCAGCCCUCACAGCCACCGAGUGUCCGAUUCUGUGGCGUCAGCAUUCUGUACAUAGUGUGGAAUUUGAAGAAUCCUGUGUAAACCAUUCAUUGCUUAAAUCUGUGAAAACGAGUUUCUUUGAGGGGGAAAGUAAUGCAUUUACGACUAUUCUGUGGAAGCAAGUGUUUUUAUUGUGUUGUAAGUGUUCCGUGUCCUCAUCACAGUAUGAAACGCAUUAAAGUCCAUGUUCCAUA